AUGAUGAAUUCAUACUCGGCAACUAACGCGGAAUCAGCUCUUCUACCUGAAUCUUUUUCCAUGGACUGCCCCGUUACCACAGAGCGUGACUAUAUCAGUUCCCAUGUGACAGGAUUUCCAGACGAGGAUGACCAUCAGCGAGUCGGAGGCCUCGCCUCCAUGCCUGUCACCAACGGCGUGCGGUACCACGCACAGCAGCCUGCGAUGCAGGACUUACAUUACUCUGGCUCUUCUGUGCUUGCUAUGACACCUCCAGAUUCAGUGUCCGAUUCUUUCUCUCCCACAUCUGGUCCUAUUUUCCCCUACCUUUCUCAGCAGCAGCAACAUUCUUUUAAUCGUAUAAACGAAUUCCCUCGGGGGCUAGCUCUCCAACCUCCAACCGGCAUGUCUACUACUAUGCAGGCCCCAUCACAGGCCGUUAACUCCAUUCCAGCCUUGAUGGGGCGAAGUCACGCUUAUUCCUCUUCUUAUGCUCUGCAGCGCGGCAUAGGUCUGUCACUAUCAGGAGUCAAUGACGUUGGCCGCUCCCAUCAGUAUUCGGGCGCACCCCGGACUCUAGAUGGUCUAGAUCGCCCCCAGGCUAUGUUUCAGCAGCCGAUGGUAGAAUCAUCACCACGAUCACAACCGCAGUUUGAAGCACCACCUUUCAACGAUACCAGCAUUCUCGAGUCUAUCGUGGCGGACUUUGGAACCACCCAAACCGUGGUCAAGCCUGACAUUCAAGCCAAGAUCGGACGGGGCUUUUUCGCAUCUGACGGCAAAUGGACGUGCUAUCGCCGGAACUAUUUCGCCGUGACCUGCAGUUUCAGUCUUCACCCAUGGACGUCAGCCGUGCCACUGUACAUUCGGCACGAUGGGGGAGCAUUGACGCCAAUCCGUGGCUUCCAAAUGUCCAUUUCAGCGAUCGUGAACGAACAGUACUCAGAAACCCGGGAGCUGGUCCAGCACACACCGAAACGAGACAAGCAAUCCGAGCGAAAACCGGGUCCCGUCGCUCUUCAGCCUGCACCGCCGCCAUCUCUAUCCGCAGGAUCAACAGGAAACGGGCACUCGAACUUCCCUCUGAAUUCCCAGUCUCUAGACUAUAACUCUACAUACUCGGGCGCCCCCCAGCCCUGCCACCCACCAACCUCUCACAUGUUCGAACGCAUCCAAUUCCAAAAAGCGACCGCCAACAACGGAAAACGCCGCGCUCAGCAGCAGUACUACAACCUGGUCGUAGAGCUUCACGCCGAGAUCGCAGACCCGGUGACCGGGGAAACGGAGCCAGUCCUGGUCGCCCGGCGUCACUCGCACCGUAUGGUUGUCCGCGGCCGUUCCCCAGGCCACUACAAAGAUGGUCGACGUGACAGUACGGCGAGCAUGGGCCCGGAUGGAAGCAGCGGCGACGGCAACGGUGGGCUUCCGCACGGCAUGGGACAGUCCACGCGCUCACAUCUCAUGAUGUACGACCCUGCACAUCGAAGCGCUCUCCCCUAUGGACGAACGGAUUACCGUCAGAUCCCGAAAGCAGAACAUUCACAUUCGCCUCUGAGUGACAGUCCGCUCGUCUCCUCUUCGUCUUCGUCUGGCUUUGAUUAUUCCAUGAUUAGCGAUACCAUGGAUCCCAUGGAUACUUUGAAAACUUCCCCAACUCUUGAUUACCAGGACCCCUUUACUGGUAUUCCACAUCAUCACCGAUCUAGUACGGGGAGUGGUGGUUAUGACCCCGUAUACUCGACUUCGAACUAUGGACGUUACGACCCUAUCCAAAACCCGCAUAGCCUCUGCACUUAA